GCCAUGGCGCCCGCCGCCGCGCCCCUUCCGGCCCCGCCGCUACCACCCGGCCGCGGGGAGGGGGGGGAGGCGGCGGGCGGGGGAGCCCUUCCAGGCAGGGGAACCGUUCGACGCGCACUUCUACCCCCCCGCCGCGGGGAGGCGGAUGGUGCGGUCCGGCCGGCGCGUCCCGUUGCUAGGGGCGAGGGCGGCGGGUGCCAUGGCCGCCCUCGCGGGGCCGGGGCGGGAGGCGGGAGCCGGCGUGGUGCAGGUUCAAGAAGACCUUCACAAGCUUAAAAUGAAAAACAUCAACUUGAAAGGAAAUGUAAAAGCUGUGGAUAUUAGCAAGGCCAAAACAGCAACUGAAAGAACUGAACUUGGGCUGAGAAAACAUGCUGAAAAUUAUUUAAAUGCUAUAGACAGACAAGUGUUAACUGUUUCUUCUGCUGAUAAUAAAGAAGUACAUUCAAAAGACCUCCCUAAAUGGGGACUUCAUUUUGGUGCUUCUCGGAAACAGCUUAUUUUACCACGAGUACCUGUUGAGCCCGUGACCGUCCAGGCAUAUAGCAGCUCAGCACUACGCGUUUCUCAAGGUUCACAGCAGCAGCUGGAAAUGGAUGUGAAGAUUAUGCUUGACCCAGAGAACAUCAGUAAUAAAGCUGGUUUAAAACAACAAAACUAUGGGACCAGGCUGCCACUUAUAACUAAGAAAAAACCUGCUCCUAUGUGUAGUCAGAAGAUAGCAAAAGGUCAUACCGUCCGCAGCCUUUGGGGUUUGCCUGCCUCUCACCACGUGGAUCCUGCCUUACCCCUGUUAGAAGACAUAACAAAAGGUAUUCUGAGCCUAACUGAACAAAGGCUUAUCCCUCCAGCCACAAAGAUAACUCUCCGGACACGUCCUGUUGUAUCCAAAGCAGUGCCUUUCCAUGAAUUUCACAGGCAACACAGGAAGUCAGCUGUAGAAGAGAUUGGUAAUAGGGUGGACCCUGAGAAUACAGAUGCCAUCGCCUUCCCAAACUCAAAGGAAGCAAUUUAUGGCACAUAUUCCUCUAGUAAAGGUAGCGUUGCGCCACUUCUGUCCAGCAGCUCCGCGGUUUCAGCAAGGAAAUCAAAGCUGGCACGGACGUACCCAGCUCAACAUUUGGAAGCUGAGCUGCAGAUUCCCUCUCAGACACAGCCCCCACAAAUGUCUCCCUGUCAGUCCUUACAGGAUCCGUGCUUUGAUUGUGACAUUGCUGUUUGCCACGGCACGAUAGACCAGAAAGCUCCAAGCUUUCUGGCAUUCAAGCAACAUUAUUGUUCAUCCUGGGGGAGCAUUGUCGUCUUCUUGGCAUGUACAGAAAAGCUUCUCAAGGACUACGCCGUACCGUUGGCUACAAUAAACUGUAAAAAGUUGGCGGAAGUUGCCUCGGACUUUGAGCUUAACGAGAAUCCCACCAAAAGUGACAUUCUGUCAGUGAUAAAGAAUCAGUCGACUGUGGAAAAGAUCUUAAAUCGACCUGGCCAAAGAUACAAAGGCCAAGGGGGUACGGAAAUGGCUGCUACAAAGAUCCAAGCAACAUGGCGAUGUUAUCGGGCCAGAAAAGCCUACGUCCGUUUCAGGCAGCAGCAGUGGGCAUCAGGUGUGAUCGCCGUUUCUUGGCUCUUGCGUAAUCACAUGGCACGUGUGAAAAAGACCCUGAAGGAAUCACGUCAGCGACACCUGGAGAAUUUUUACAUCAGGGCCAAGCAUCUGGCAGCCAACUGGAAUCACAUCAGGACCUCCAGGAGGACUAUUAUCCAUAUCCCAUCAUUAGGGUAUUCCCAGUGCAUCCGUGAGCAUAUCCCUGAUCUUGCCCUCCAACAGAACAUGCAGAUGGGAAGGCUGUGUGACAUACUGGAUGCCAACGUGGACGUCAUCUACAUCUGCCCCCUUCAUCUGAGCGAGGAGUUACUGCAGUAUUACAAUAAACUCCUGGGUCUGCAGGCAGCUGUUAGAUCUGGGAACCCUGAGGACAUGGGUGACCUGCAGGACAGGUUCAAAAUUCUCACCCCCGAAGCUAUAAACAGCUUCCCUGAGCAUCGCAUGUGCCUAGCCACUCAGCUGAAGUACAGUCCCAAGACAAUCAAAAGAAUAAAAAUUCUUAUCCAGAGCAGAGUUGCCUACAUUAUCGGAGGGGUUCCCCACAAAGAUGAUUUAGCAGUGGCUGACAUGCUAAAUGUGCCUAUAUUAGGCUCAGUGCCAGAAGUGGCUCAUCUCUAUAGUACCAAGUCUGGAAGUAAACGAAUUUUUGCCAGUGCUUGCGUGCCAACCCCUCCUGGAGAAUCUGACAUCUACAGCAGCGACCAGAUGAUUAGUGCUCUCAGCCAGCUCAUCGUUGACAAUAUGGAAGUGCGGCGUUGGCUGUUUAAAGCGAACGAUGAAUCUGGAGGAAAUGGCACUGCCUAUUGCGACGUUAUUUCCCAUUUGAAAUGCUACCACUGGGUUCAGCAGGAACGCCGGAGAUACAGCCCAGAGAUAUGGAGUGAGAAGUGGGCACAGGAGCCAGCUUUGGUGAAGAUCUCCCAGGAGCUGCCGGGCCUUUUAGCACAGCACGUACAGCCAGUCAAUGAGAAACGAUUCCCUACAUGGGAAAAAUUCCUCCAAACAUUUCUUAGUCAAGGUGGUGUGAUAGAAGCCUUCCCGCUCUCAGAAAAUGUCACAAACCUGACGGUGGAUAUGCUGAUAGAGCCAACGGGCAAGAUAAAAAUAGUGUCGUCUGGAGACCAGCUCCAUGCUGACGGUCCUUUGCGAUCAUCUGGCACUACCAUUCCACAGUGUUCUGUUGAUCCAGCAGUGCUUAAUUCGCUCUGCUUAAAAAUUGGAGAAACGUGUAAAUCUAAAGGAGUGCUUGGCUACUUCUCCGUUGAUUUUGUGACUUUCACCCAUCCACAAACGAUGGAGCGGCAGGUGUGGGCAACAGACCUUGACCUUUGCUAUAGUGACCAGCUGGCCUUAACUCAGCUCAUGUUGUACGUGACAGAUGGAAAUCUGGAUUGUCGCUCCAGCCGCUUUGAAGUAUCUCUUGGUUCAAAGAAAAUGAAAAUGAAAAGCCAACGUAUUCAGCGUGAGGAGGCAAGUGCUCCUUCUCCAGUACGCAGCCGGUGUGCGGUAGCAAGCGCUCAGCUGAGGCACUCCAGCCUUUCAGUAAUCUACUACCGUGUCCUCCUCCAGAUGUGUAAAGCUCACGGGGUUGGAUUUGACCUGCAGGAAAAACAGGGAACAGUUUUUAUAUUGUACGAAGAUCAGAAGCGAUGCAGAUUGGGAAUGAUAACAAUCGGAGAGGAUCUCCAGGGGGUCCUCAUGACCUUUGCUCGCAAUCUCUUCAUCAUCCAUCAAGAAAUAUCAGCACCUAAUAUGCAAGGCGAGACCAAUUUUAAGAUGGCAAUUCAAGAUAUUGAAGCAAUUCUAGGAAUUACAGCAGAAAACAAACUGAAAUUGGAAGAGGAGCAACCUUCGAAAGCAGAUGCUCUGAAAGAAUAGUUAACGGAACACGUUUAAGUGCCUUAUUCUUUAUGCUUCUGGAAACGCUUUCUCAUCUGUAAGAACAGGUUUGGUUUUCCUUCUGCAUUGGCACGUGAAGCGAUAUUAACGGAGGCAGUACAUUUUCACCGUUUCUGAGUGCGGUGCUUAGAAGAAUAUCCCUUCUCUCACAAAAAUAAACUGUUGAAAAGCAGAGGAUCAGGAUAAACGCCCCUGAUGUUCAUAUUGUCGUUCCUGAAGUACACUAUCUGUUUUUAAAACCUUAUUCAUAGAAUCCUUGCCUCCAAGACAGAGCGAACGAUCUACUCUGACCUGAGGAGCACAGACCUUAAAGUUUUGCCAAGCGAUUCCUCCAUCAAGCCUACAGCUUAGAACUCUUCUUGACACCUCUUCAUAAGGAUAGGUUCAUAAACAAUCCGCUACACCCCUAGCAGACUCUCCCAUGGGUUAAUUAUCCUUCCUGUUAAGGCCAGUGCCUUAAGCACAGUCUGCAUUUGUUUGCCUUCAACUUGCAGGAAUUGGAUCUCGUUAUGUCUUUGCCUGAGAAGCCGAAGAACUCUUUACUCUAAAUUGAGACGUCUCUGUGGAAUGAACCCUUCUGUUCCCUGAGGCAAAACUCCCGAGUCGGAUUCAGUUUGCUAACACCCCUGCAGACCUGGAGUUCCCAAACCUCUCAAGGUAUUCCAGUAAGUCUUAGUGGUGUGACACAAUGAAAAGGCCACUUUCUGCUGUUUCAUGUGCCCCCGGAUAUACACGGGGGAUCGCGCUGCCUGUCACUAGAUCAGCCCAGAUCGUGCUCUUUUGAAGAGAGUCAUGUGGCCCUAAAUUCCCUUUCAAGCAUAUUGUCUUCUGAAAUACAGGCUUCCAACACGAAAACAGGUCCAGUGUUCUGCCUACAAAUAAAUACACUUAAAUGCCAUCUUACCAGUAAGGCCAGCAACCCAGACUCCUCUUUGGAACUGGUUGUCCGUAUGGUUAUGAUUCGCUCUUUUGUUAUCUACAGAUUUUUGCAGCAGUUAUGUUCACUUUCAAGUUAUCAGAAAUAGUAGUUUUAGCACUAGCUCAACAAUAGAUUCUAAGAGGACAUUGGAAUCACAUUUGUACUACGAUUCCCAGUAAACCAGGGCUUCUGCGGAUCUGCCUGUCCAUCAGAGAUUCUGUAUGUCAGAUACUGGUGACUUUUGUUGUCACCACUGCUGUGCACUGCUAUGUCAAAGGACAACAGUUACACUUAUACAAUUGUCUUUAUCCAUCAAAUCUCUAAUGCCCCAACAGACAACGCCUUCUAAAUGUGACUAUGGAAGGGGGAAUCUUCUCCAUACUCUUGUCCCAAGCACGGCAAGUACCUUUGGGAUUACUUCCCAAAAAACUCAGGCAAAACCAGUUUUUAAGGUGGAUAAUGAAUGUGACCAAGCAGUUGCAGCAGAUCGGUGCCCAGUUUUUCCAAUGCCUGAGUCUUUGAUCUGUUAGCUUCGUACAUUGUCUUUUAUUAUUUAUCAUCCAUUUUUAUCCACUUCAUCAUAUAUUUAUCAUACAUUUUAUCAUGCAUUUAUCAUUCAUACGUUAUCUUUUGCGUUAGCCUUUUUCUCUUCUACUUUGGUCACAGAAGUAAUUCGUUGCAGAUGAGAAUGUCUGCAUAAAUUCUAAUCCCUGCCUCAAAUAAAAGUCUAAAAGACUUGUUUAGUUCUUAUUUGGUUGGUUUUGCUCCUUUCUUAUAUGUGAUCUCAGUAAGGUCAUCGCUUUGGAUAUACCAGAGCCCACACAGAUUUUUCUAACAUGAAAUUUAGCCAGUGAAUGAAUUUCCUGGAAGUCUUAAUUCUUUAUGGUUAGAAAUGAAAGUAGCAGAGGUAUUUUUGGCUGUGGUAGGUACAACAAUCACCUCUCGCUUGCCAAGAAAUAAUAUGCCAAAAAGCACAGUGUAAUUGCUCAUUAGUUCUUCCAACAAGGUGAGACACGUCUUGUUCUCUGCUCUGCUUUGAGAGGCUGCAGAACAGUGUGUUGUUCUGAC